AUGGGCACCCCCACAAAAGUUUCAUUUGAUCUAUUCCAACGGUUUCUGGCUAUAAUCCGUGGUACGGAUGAGGGCCAGAUCAGCAUAACGUCUCUCAAACGGACGGACCUCACUCACUUCGCGCGUUCGGCUCUGUUCAGUAAACCAGAGUGGAACACACAAGUUUGGAGGUGGUUUGGGUCAAUAUUACAGAUGUGGGCCACAUCAGGGAACUGUCUUUCUGGAAGCUUUGGUUCUGAUGUGCACACAGCAGGAUGUGAUUGCUCGCCGUUGCUCAGUCCGACACUCGACACGCGCGUUUCACACUCUCUGUGCAACUCCAAACCUCGGCAGCUCAGCUUUGAAUGUCAGAAACAUACUCCAGGCUCUCGUUCAGAGCAGCACAUCACAGCUUUUAGCUCAAACAACUGCUUGUUGCUGAUCACUCAACUCUCCAUGGGCUGCAGGUGCAAGUUUCCUCUGGUAUGGUGUUCUGCAGUGUAUUCCUGUCUGCUGUCAAGGCAGCCCUCUCCAUCAGGAAGCACUGAGUCUGAUCCAGCCUCAUCAGGCGGCUCCUCCAGGGCUGUCAUAGAGGGCGGGGCAGGGGACUCACACCAUAUGGCUGACCGAAGCCCUGCAGCCUCCCCAGGGGCGAUGAGCAAGCUCGCUCCUGAUCAGAGCAUGGAGUGAGAAUCAGAGAGAGAAAAGAAGAUUCAAGCACUGGAAAAAUGUAU